UAUAAGAAUAUCAUUUUCAUUAAAUAAAGCAAUGAUUUCCUCUGAGUCUUAUUUGUUAAAUCGUUUACCAAUUAAACAUUGUACAUUGAAUAAACAAAAUGUGAUCCCAAAAUUCUCCUCACUACUGGCCUAUUCUGACACAUCAGACUGAGGUGAGCUAUUUUUAGCCUUCGUGUCUUGUUUCUCGAUCCCCUACGCUGUAAGUUGCUGGGAUUCCACUGGUUUCUUACUCCCCAACUGUUGUAUUUUUAACCUGUUGGAAAACAACUCCACGGGAUUUGCGUGUAGUGCUAGUUUUCACCUGCUGUUUGGAGGCAUUUAUACUGGACUGUGUUUGCACUUUGCUCGACUGAUUCUGUUUAAUUUGGGUGAUAGUGUUUUCCUUGGACUUAUUGAUAAAAGUGUGCUUUUGAGAUGGACUAUCAGCCCGACUAAACUCCGAAAAUGAACUCAACAGAGCCGGCUUAUCCCCUUUGAUCGAUUCUCAACAAUGGACCGUGACCCUAAAGGCCAGCAGGUGAUGUCCCUGAGACUGUCCAGAGUUCUGAGGGAUAUUGGCGUUACGAGACAGAAUGUGGCUCGGAGGAGGAGAACAUACUUGAUACUUGAGAAGAUGAUGGACGCUUUCUUAAUCAUCACCAAUCAUGGUCGGAGAGAACCUGGAAAAUCAUUUGUCUUCGGUAGCCAAUCGGAAGGGACAACGACUCUAGGCAUGGAAUCAGAUACAGAUAUUCUAACAUGUUAUAAAGAGUUCAGUGUGAUAAAAGACUGGGCAGACUGGGAGCCAGGGAAGAGGUGUCUUCUGCUGAUAAAGAACGAUCGUUCUCCGCCCCAGCACUGCUGUAUACAGAUUGUGAAAUGUGACUGUCCACUGCCUGAAACACUGGACAAUGUGAAUGUAGAAUGGGAUGUCGAAGAGACAAUGGAUGGAAGGGUGCUGUUGAAAAACACUUAUAUAGAUAGAGAGAUUAAGCAGCAAUGUGGUCGGUUAUAUAGGAAACAAGGGCCAUCAAGAAGUAAUAACUCAAAGUUUGACUACAUACACGCGUUUAGCUACAAUGGACCGCUGUUCGAAUGCAAUUUCCUAUUCACAAGACCAAAGCCUGGCCACUGGCCGAGACCUGAAAUACUCGCAAAGGCACGUCAGUGUGAAACAUUCCUCGUCCCACAAGGUCACGCCGAGAGUGAUCAGUCAAAACUGGAAUGGAGAUUCUCUACGUCACAGAUUGAAAGAUUGCUCAUGUUUGAUCUCAAUAUUCUGCAAAUACAGGUUUAUACAUUUCUAAAGAUCUUACGAAGGUCUUUCUUCAAACCUUUAGUUGGUGAUAGACUGAGCACGUUUCAUUUCAAAACCGCUCUAUUGUUCACCCUCGAGACUUAUCCUCCAGAAAUCUGGCAGGAACGUAACCUGCUGCAAUGUGUUUUAUACUGCCUGAAAACCCUUCAACGAUGGUUCAACCUUCGGCACUGUCCACAUUACACGAUCUCAGGAGUGGACCUGUUUGUAGGAAAACUGAGAAAAUGGGAAUAUCCUCUCCUGUCAGCCGUUCUGUCUGACAUGAUAGACAACAUCAUGGACUUUGUCUCCCAGAUAGAAAUGGACCAAAUAGGGGAGAGGAUCGGUAACAGAUGCAGAUCAGUCAGUGGAAGAUAUCAGAACACAUUAGGUACUGCGGGGUACUGCUGUGUUUGGACUUUAAAGGAUAUAUUGGAAUUGUAUUGGAGAUGCACAAUUAAAAGAAUUGACAUUUCUAAAACAAAGAGCAUUAUCAUAAAAGUUGGUGAGAUUCCUUAUGACUCCUAUGUAUGGGCAAGAUUACAGCAUGCACAGACGUUCCUAUACCAAUAUCUUGCCUCCGUGACAGCAUCUACGUGUAUUCGCCUGGAAAAUCCAAUACCACCAGACGUUUACCGCCUGUACGAGGCCUCUCUAGACUCAGAUCUCACCUCCAGCAGAUUGAAGUUUGCAUCUAUGAUGUACUGCAGUGGUCAGUAUGAGAGGGCUAAACUGGUGUUGGCCUACACGGAGGCGCUGGUGCAUGCCGAUGUGUUGCAGAACGGUCGGUUUUCAGGAAGGUCUGAACAUCAGCCUACUGAGAGGUUUCUUCAAAAGGUUUAUGAGCUGCCAGUUUUGGAAGUUAUAAAACGGCAUGUUGCAUGCAAAGUUGCUUUUAAUUCAUUAGAAAUAUGUUGUGUACCUGGGUUUCUAGUAUACGAGAUGCAUAGAACGAUUCGUCCUGAAGAUUUUCACCACAGAAAUCCAGGACCAGAUGACUGGAUGGACCUUGUGGUCAUUGACUCAACACCGUUUAUGUUCUACCUGCAGUACCUCACAUUCAGACAACUUGGAGAAGAAGAGAGAAGACUGGAAGCACUAGACAAGUUAAACAACUAUGUUUGUUUUGAGAGUCGAUCGCGAGGGCCUGUAGAUACGGCCCUUCAUGUACUUGGUCAUUGCUUUGAAUUGGAGAACCGAUAUGAUUUGGCAUGGACAUGUUACAGGAAAUCCCUCGAUCUCUUCCCUUACAACAACGCAGCCAGAUGGCAUAUCAUCAGACUCCUUCAGCAGUCAUGAAGAAUACUAGACGACUAGAAGCACAAAGCUUAUCCCCCUUAAAUGGUAGCUUCGAUAAUCAAAAUUACAUUUUACAAGGGGUUGUCAUCUCAAUUGCAUUUCGGGAACAUAUAAAUUUUGAAGAAGGAUUUAAAGUAGUACAUGCUACGCGCGUGCACUUGGUGACAUAGUAAUAAUUUAACGAACUUCAAGAUGUUUCAUCAAUAACAAUUAUUUUUUUCAGACAGUAUAUCUAUAGUCGAAAAAAUACAAAAGCAUAGCUAUAUAUUGAACUGAUUUGUAAUUAUUCCUGACUUGCCCCUAACAUUUAAUACAGGAACCGGAAAUUUGUUUUUAAGAAUUCAUAUAAAGCAGAUUCAAGUCUGGCUCUGAAUAUAUUCAGACAAAUACAUUUCAAUUUAUAGAAAGUCUCCGUAAUAGUUUGCAUUGCUUUUUAUAUAGAUUUUCUUUAUUUAGACAAAAUAAAACAUUUGAGUGAAACUAACUGGAUCAACAACUACCAAUACUCUGUAAAUGAACGAAAUUCUCAAUACAAUGCGUUAUUCUCUCAUUGAAAUUUAUCCAAUCUUGGUUCCUGUAAAAAACAAACUGUUGGUUUAAACACAUUUUGAUCAAUAUAUGCUUGCAACAGUAUUUGUGAUACGAUUUUAUAAAUGAUGUAUUGUUACUGAAU